UAUUUUGUGCUGUUUGUGUAUGAUGAGGUUAUUUGCAGUUGUGGGAGUGAACAAAUCUGUGCCUACGUCACAAAACUACUUGCAAGGACAUCAGCAGUAUCACGCCUCUCACUGUUGCUAGGCAACUGAGAAACUAUGGAAACCGGAAGUUAAUUCAGCAGCAGCUAAAAUGUAAGGUAGGGGCUCGAAACGCGAAAAGUACCAAGAAUAUCCAUAUGGUAUGAAUUUCUUAACAUGAGCAUUUUUUUGGUUGGUGAAUUACUUCACAACGGCUCGGUGCGACUAAAAUGAUAUCUAUUCCCUACAAUGAGCACGGGCUGCUAGCCGCCAUUUUGAAUACGUUAUCGGUGGGUCACGACCGAGCUAUCAAAACAAUUUCAAUUUCCGGAAUGGUGAAUAUCCAAAAAAAUAAAUAAAAAUAUGUAUGUUAAGUUACAAUUAAAUAAUCGAUGAAAUAAAUGUAAUUUAACAGUAGAUCAAUGUAAUAUUAUUAGCAUUGUAAAACUAUCUAGCCGUAAGCUCGUACGGAAAUGACGUAAGGUUUCCAUGACAACAAGACGAAGCUCGGCUACAUAGAGAGAGAGAGAGAGAGAGAGAGUGAACAGACCGCAGAGUGAAGCAGGGAGAAUGUGAGGAGAACCUUUAUAAGAUUAUUAUUAUGAUAUUUCAUUUACCUACACGAAAUAAUAUUUUAUGUAAAUAUUUACAGCUUCUGUGCGUCUUCUUGUCACCUGGACGUCAUCUUUCCUCAGCUUUAUCAGUACAGCAAUGCUGGAAGCCAUUCAAGUUACUGUAGUAUGAUGAUGAGGUGUAUCAGUGGAAGGAGAUGGAAGGAGUCUCCAGUGUCAGUGCUGUGUAAGACAGAGGUGGAGAGGUUUGUGACGUGGGAAAGACUUCAGGACAAAGAAGUUCAGACUUUUCUUUAACAUUGCUUCGUUACAUCAUGCUGAACAUCUCCACUGGGCUGAGAAGGACAUGGCUAAGAAGUGUGUACUGAGAGUCAUGGAGAAGCCUGUAAGUCAGGUGUAUGUGGAUCGCCGAUCUUCUAGUGUCCUAAAGAGCAGCUCCGUCUUCCUGCAGAAAGAGGAGGAGACAGAAGGCAAGAUGCUCAAGCACUCCCCCUACAGACAGUUUAAAAGAGCACAGCAUAUCGUCUCUACAUCGACCCACCGAGACAUGAGGCCUCUGGUGCUGAUCCGUUCAGGUAAUCAGAGCUAUGGAGAAAUCAGCCAAUCACAGCUUUUCCGUUGUUCCUGGCCAGGGAACAAUAUAAGCAUCCUUGGCAGUCCAGUCAGCCUGUCUCCACGUCCUGGUAGCCAGAUCAGCAGAGCUUAUCUACCUCGGGUCAGACUCCCACAGCUGGCUAAAGGUAGUAGAGAUGGAGAAAACUCCACAAAGAAGCCUUGCAUUCUCACUGCCAUUAAACCUUCUAAUGUGGAGAGUGAGAAGGCCAAGUUCUUCAAGUCAGACUUCAGGUAUAACCCACAGUUUGAGUACAGCAACCCAGCAUCACCACAAGUUCUGGAAAAACACAGCAAAGCCUCUGACCGCUUCCUCACACAGGCGGUACGCAUCAUGGAGCUGGCUCUGCACAAGUACGGAAAUUACGAGAAGUUUGAGCAGGCCACCGGAGGAAGCUUGCUGACCAAGAGCCGAAUCUGGGCCCACGUCAAGAAGUACAUGGAGAAGGAAGGCUGUGUGGGAGAGAUAGUGGUGCACCUGACCGAUGACCUGCUCUCCAGAGCCUCCAUGACCGUGGUGAACGGCAGGCCAACUCUCACCAUCAAUAUCUCCGCAGCCAGGGAGCAGUGGCUCGAGGGCAUGCUGAGACAUGAGAUUGGUACUCACUAUUUCCGCAGCAUCAAUAACAGCCAGCAGCCAUGGAGCAGCGGAGCCGGGCGGAAGAAGCUCGGACUGAAGCCGGUCAACCCCACAGAGGAGGGCCUGGCCAGCAUCCACAGCGUGCUGUUCCGCAGAGACCCCCGGCUGUGGCGUGCCGCCCUGCUCUACUACACCGUCCACCAGGCGGCGCACAUGUCCUUCACGCAGCUGUUCCAAGAGCUCGCACGCUUCGUCCACGAUCCCGGCACACGCUGGGACUACUGCGUACGAGCUAAACGCGGCCAGACCGACACAUCACAACCCGGCUGUUUCAAUAAGGACCAGGUUUAUCUGGACGGCAUCCUGAAGAUCCUCAGGCACAGAGAGAAGAUCGACUUCCAGCUCCUCACUGCACUUGGGAAGGUGUCCUACGAGGACGUGGAGCGCCUGAAGAGCCUGGCUGUGAUGGAGAAUGUACGAAUCCCUCACUUCCUGCAGGACCAGGCGCGUUACGCCGAGCAGCUCCAGAAGAUCAUGGCGGUCAAUCAGCUGACCGAUGAAGAGCUCCAAACGCUUAUCUGAGCAUGCCAGGACACCCCCGUGACCUCUGAUUCCCAACACCGACCUAGCCUGAUCAUUCUGAAAAUUCUGUGUGCUAGACUGACCAACCCUGCAUCUCGGACCUAGCCUACGAGUGAUGCUCAUUACUGUAUACCCAAGUGUCCUUUUUAAUCCAUUCAAAGAAAGUGUACAUUUUUCUAAAAGGUUGUUUCUGUUAAAGUGAAAAGAAAUCAGGCAUGCCAGGAUGAACAUAAACACAACCUCAGUGCCACCUACCUGCCGUGAUCAGAAAUGACAUUUUUUAAUAAUCCAAACUUCUGAGGAGAAAUAUAUAUAUAUAUAUAUAUAUAUAUAUACUUGCCAAUGUGGCUCUCUGCUCAUGCCAGAUUGUGGGUGUGUCCUAAAUGCUAGCAUACGCUUUGCAUUUCUACUACACUGUCAGCUAGUUCAGAAACAUCCCAAAAAUGUCUUUUAGUCAGACCUCUUUCUGAUUUUUCUGGUCAUUUUUGUUCUAUUUUAAAAAUUCAUACUGUUUUCUACAGAUUCUCACACUACUCUGUGAGUGUAUGUCAGUUGUGACAUUGAGAAAUGUUAUUUAUGUAUAUUAGUUAUGUACAUUAGCAAAGGUCAUGAUUUCUAGACACGUUUUUGUUAGUAUACUGCGUAAUUAAACCACACAAGAGUAUAUAAAUUUGUUCUUCUGACACAAACAGUCACAAGUUACAAUACUACCAUCACCAUGCUUUACUGUGGCCAUAUACUGUACACUAUAUUGAUAUAAGUUUUGGGUCGUCUGCCUUUACAUGUACAUGAAUGUAAUAUGGAGUUGUCCAGCCCUUUCCCAGCUGUUCAACUCUUCUGGGAAGGCUUUAGGAGUGUGUUAAUGGGAAUUUUUUGACCAUUCCUCUAGAAGCACAUUUGUGAGGUCAGGCACUGAUGUUGGACGAGAAGGCCUGGCUCACACUCCAAAGGUGUUCUGUGGGGUUGAGGCCAGUCAAGUUCCUCCACACCAAACUCUCUCAUCCAUGUCUUUAUGGUCCUUGCUUUGUGCACUGGUGUGUAGUCAUGUUGGAACAGCGGUCAUCCCCAAACUUUUCCCAUAAAGUUGCAUGAAAUUUUCCAAAAUGUCUUGGUAUGCUGAAGCAUGAAGAGUUCCCUUUCACUGGAACUAAGGGGCCGAGCCCAACCCGUGAAUUCAGUGAGGGGUGUUCCAAAACUUUUGCCAAUAUAGUGUACGUCUAUUUGCAGUUCUGUUUUCCUGGACAAAAUAGAUGAGAUGCUAAGCAGAAGCUAGUUAAUGACUGAUGUAACAAUGAAAAUAAGAUGAAACUACUUGGAUUGCUGUAGAUGUGUUGGUCAUUUAUGACAAAAAAAAGGCAUUGUAUGGCUGAAAUUACACUGUAAUCUGACUUAGCAUCGAACGCUAACUAUUGGACUUCCAUUUGUUCUACUGCAUCAAUUUGAGUCAAACUUGUACACACCAUGAAAAUAUUAUUUAAACCUUGGAUAUAAUCCGAAACAUGGCAAAGAUAAAUAUAGGUUUUGUACACCAGACGGAGACUAAGAUUGCUAACUCUUCUUUCCAGCACUAGUGUUUGGGACACACCCUUUAUUCCUUACAAACUGUAUUUAUAUUAUACAUUUUUUUUGGUAGAUGUUAAUUUCUGUGACUACUUUAAAUGUUAGACUUUGAUGAUUUGUAAAUUAGCAUGUUUUCAGGUUUGUGUCUGUGGCAUUUCGCAUGAAAACACACAACUUUUUUCUCCCAAGUGGUUUCCUUCCUAAUGCUUAUUAUUAUUAUAUUACAAAAGUUUUUCCUCAGAUAUUUGAGGAACGUUGUGUUCUGAUGUUCAUAAACGUGUCAAAUCCUAAUAAAUUUACCCACUUAUUUCA